AGCCCGGGACGAAGACGCGAGUGCAUCAUCGCCGAUGGCACCUCGACUCGACACCCACCCGAUCCGUGCAGCGUCAAAUCGGCCAGGGAGCGCCGUAUAAAUGGCUCCGCCCUCCCGCACCCAGCCUCUCCCACCAUUCCAUUCCCACACAACCAGACCAAUCACGAGCGGCCUCACAAAGACCCGUACAAACCAGAUCCAGCAAAAGCAAUCUUGUCUAGCAGCCACGAAGGAAGAUUACCCUGUCGUCGGCCGUACAAGUGACCCCGCGCGCGGGCGCCAUGGGUGCGGCGUGGAUGGCCGCCGCGGCGGUGCUGGCGACCUGGGCGUUCAACGCGCUGGUGCACCUCGUCUGGCGCCCCCGCGCCGUCGCCCGGAGGCUGCGCGCGCAGGGCGUGCGCGGGCCGGGGUACCGGUUCUUCAACGGGAACUUCGGCGAGAUCAGGCGGCUCCAAGCCGGGAUCGCGGGCGCCACGCUGGGCGUCGGCGACCACGACUUCAUCCCCAUCGUGCACCCGCACCACCGCAAUUGGAUCUCGCUCUACGGGCGGACGUUCUUGUACUGGAGCGGCGCGACGCCGAACGUGUUCUUGGGGGACGUGAACGUGGUCAGGCAUGUGCUCUUCGACCGCACGGGGCUCUACCCCAAGAACCUCAUGAACCCGCACCUCUGCCGCCUGCUCGGCAAGGGCCUCGUCCUCACCGACGGCGACGACUGGAAGCGCCACCGCAAGGUCGUGCACCCGGCAUUCAGCAUGGACAAGCUCAAGAUGAUGACGGAGACCAUGUCCACCUGCGCUCGGUCGAUGAUGUCCGAGUGGGAGGCGCAGCUGGCAAAGGCCGGCGGCGUGGAGAUCGAGCUGAGCAGGCAGUUCGAGGAGCUCACCGCCGACGUGAUCUCGCACACGGCGUUCGGGAGCAGCUACAAGGAGGGGAGGCAGGUCUUCCUGGCGCAGAGGGAGCUCCAGAUCCUCGCCUUCUCCACGGUUUUCAGUGUCCAGAUCCCGGUGCUCAGGUACCUUCCAACGGAGAAGAAUCGCAGGACAUGGAAGCUGGACAAGCAGGUGAGGGGCAUGCUAAUGGACAUCAUCAAGAGCCGGCUCGCCACCAAGGACACCGCCGGCUACGGGAACGACCUGCUCGGCCUGAUGCUGGAGGCGUGCGCGCCGGAGCACGGCGAGACCCCGGCGCUAAGCAUGGACGAGAUCAUCGACGAGUGCAAGACGUUCUUCUUCGCGGGGCACGACACCACCUCGCACCUGCUCACCUGGGCCUCGUUCCUACUCAGCACGCACCCGGAAUGGCAGGACAAGCUCCGGGAGGAGGUGCGACGGGAGUGUGGCGACGAGGAGCCCAACGGUGAGACGCUCAACAAGCUCAAGCUGGUGAACAUGUUCCUCCUAGAGACCCUGCGGCUAUAUGCCCCAGUGUCCAUUAUUCAGAGGAAGGCGAGCUCGGACCUCGACAUUGGCGGCAUCCGGGUGCCCGAGGGCGCGAUCUUGACGAUUUCGAUCGCGACGAUCCACCGUGACAAGGAGGUUUGGGGUGAGGACGCUGAUGAGUUCAGGCCGGAGAGGUUCGAGAACGGGGUGACGAGGGCGGCCAAGCACCCUAAUGCAUUACUGUCCUUCUCCAGCGGGCCAAGGUCGUGCAUCGGGCAGAACUUCGCCAUGAUCGAGGCCAAGGCCGUGGUCGCCAUGAUCCUGCAGAGGUUCUCGCUCGAGCUGUCCCCCAAGUACGUGCACGCGCCCAUGGAUGUCAUCACACUGCGGCCAAGGCAUGGGCUUCCAAUGCUCCUCAAGCGUCUGGAGGCGUAAAGAGUGAUAAGAGUCGCGUGCUACGCAUGCACGGAAAAAAAAAUUUCCAUUCAAUUUUGUUUGAUGUAUAAUAUACUACAUCCUAUAUGUAUGUUUUAGAUUAUUACAUGGAUUGUAAAAGUUUUGAAGUUUCUGUUACAUCACAAUCAAUUACUCAAAGUGGUAAAAUGAGCUGAAUAACAAUGCUCAAAAGGGGAAGAAUUAGCUCCAUGAUUAAUUUGGAUCAA